GGCGGAUCAAAUCGGAGGUAAGGCGGAAGCGGGGAUGGGAUAUGGGGGUAGAGGUGAUGUGGCGGGGGGAAGAGUCAUGUGCGGGGGCAGCGGAAGAAGAAAGCGGAAGCGGAAUUAGAACCGGUGGAGCUGCGCGACUAGAGGAAGCAGAGGCAGGCGGGCCGAUCGGGGGGAAGAGUCAUGUGAGGGGGCAGCGGAAGCAAGAGCACGGGGGGAGGGAGAAUGUCCGAGUUGGGACGCGAUGGCGGGUGUUUCUCAGCCCGGAGCAUUCAAAAGCCUUGUUUGGCAUAAACAGUCCAGGCCCAAUAUAUGAUAUGAGGUCAUCGAUUGGAAAGCAGGGGCUGUCGAUCAUGGAAUCUGCACCGAUGUACAGCUUUGGGACAGCUAAUCGAUCUGGACGGUUUGGGAGAUCUCUUUACACGGUUCCAGGACCGGGAGCAUACAAUGCGCCAUCAUCACUUGGACCUCAGAUUGAGUCAAGACUCCGGUCUCCAGAGAUUUAUAGAUUCGGGAGCUCAACGCGGGCUAAUCUUUCCAAGGUCUUCCUCACCCCAGAGCAUUGCAAGGCGAACUAUGGCAUACAGUCGCCGGGUCCUAGUGCGUAUAACUAUGGAUCAUCCAUAGGGCCCCAGCAAACUUCUAGAAACAGGAGCGCACCUCGUUGGGUGUUCGGAUCAGAAGGCAGGUUCAAGUAUGACUAUGUCAUCAGAGCUGCGCGGAUUCCUGGAGCUGGUCAGUACAAUCUUGGGCAAUCCUGUGGAAAGCAAUUUGAAUCGAACAAAACGACCUUGCCGAUGUUCACUUUCGGGAGUGGUGCACGAGAUCAAAGAGCAAAGAUGUAUCUGACAAGGGAACAUGAGAAAGGGCAGUUCGGGGAGUAUUCUCCAGGACCAGCGGCAUACAACAGCAGGUCUUCUCUGGUAAGAGAUUUGGUUUUUAUUAACUUUUAAAUUUUAAUACUUUUAUUGUGUAUUUUUGUUUUUUGUUUGUAAUUUUCUUCGGUGCCUGUUUCUGUUGUUAGGAAUCUCAUUCCCUUCCAAUGAUUACAACAACCUGGUGCUCAAACAAACUGAUAAGGAGGCAUCGCAUACUUGAUUAGUACCUCACACCACACUGAAGAUUAUUGCACUAGAAAAGCGUCUAUACACCUGGAUGCCUGAGUGGACGAGGCAGAAGGGCGAUGCUGGGUUGUUCACGGACAUCCCUGUUCUCUUUCAGUUGGCACAUUAUGUCCUCCACGAGAGUAAAGCCUCACAUUUUGU